AUGAUCAUCAUAAACGAUUCCGAAAGUGACAUCCAUUCAGAUUCAGAACGAAUACCUAACUUAAAAAAAAAGUAAGUGACAAUAGAAGACCGGGUGAGGAACUGAGGAGUGUCAGGAAAAAGUUUAACAAACAAAUUGGUGGAGCCAUAACACGAAAAGUUGAUUGAAAUAGGUAUAUUAAGAAGUCAAGUAAUUUCUUUCAAGGGAAUUAUAUUUUUCGUAUGAUUUUAUUACAAUGUAUAUAAUUUUAUUAUAGACAAUUAUGAAUUAUACAUUAAUUACCUUUUAGAACAUUUUAAUUAUCGAGUAGGUAUGUUGUCAAACAAGAUGUCUUCAUUAAGCAAAACAAUGUAUACUUAUCAGAAAUUGGACAUUUUAACUGUUGUUCGUUAAGAAGUAUUUUUUAAGGAUUGGGUUAAUAAUUCAUCAAUGAUUGGCCAUCAAUACUUAAAUAUUGCAUGAUGGCUAUUACCAAUGAUACAGUAAACUUUUGCGAUGAAAAUAAAAACCUCGACGUAAGUGUUGUGGGAGAGAUCAAUGGUCUGGAAAUAUUCGAAGAUACUUCGGACAGUGAAGAUGGCCCAAAACACAUGGCGUCAAAUGCGGUCACUGCCGUCGCUAAGCCCAACGUGCCGCCUGUCUUCGGCUCCGUUACCGUAAGCAACUCCGACAACGUUCAGUUUGGAAAUAACACGUAUUUCCAAGGUCCCGUUGUCAUAAAGCAAAUUAUUCAUCAUAAAUCUGGCAUUGAAAAUAUCUCGUACGAUAAAACCGACGAUGAUAAUGUUCCACCACCAAAUAAAAACAGGAAAGAUCCUGAUAUUGAUAAUGAUUCUGAUAAAUUUGUUCUCAAGACAUGGCACAAACUUACAAUAGCUGUAACUGCCUUAGUUGUACUAAUCAGUUGUGCCAUUGUGUUUGGCAUACCUAAAGGGUCAGAUGGACCUUUUGAUGAGCACUCAAGCAAACUGGUGUCGGGCUCAUGUCAUGAAUACUCAUCAGAACUUAGACUGGUUGCGAUUGUUAUGACAUCACUCAUUUCGGCGUGGGUAACCUACUGUCUACUAACCAUGAAAUUGCGGUUUUCGUUUAGCUUCCUAAAGUGGCAUGCAGUGAAUGGGACUGCUAAAAAGAAACCAAAAGAUAUAGCAGGCGCGCCAGCAGGAGAUCUGCUGAUAGCGCCUAAUCAUUUGAGGAUCGUGUCGCGCAUGGAGUGGUUGGCGCAGCCGGCAACUGGGAACCUGGAUAUGCUGCGGUUGCCGGCUCCGUGGGUCAUUAUUAGUCACACGGCUACAAACUUUUGUUACAACCAGAGUAGCUGCGUGUACAACGUGCGGCUGGUGCAGGAGUACCACAUCGGGUCGCGCGGGUGGUACGACAUCGGCUAUAACUUCCUCGUCGGCGGCGACGGCUCCGCCUACUACGGCCGCGGCUGGGACUACCAGGGCGCCCACACGCUCGGCUACAACAAGUAUAGUAUCGGCAUCGCCUUCAUAGGCACCUUCUCCCAGGAGGCCCCGCCGCAGAAACAGCUCGAUGCCUGCAAGAAACUUAUCGACCUUGGUGUCGCUUCUGGUAAAAUCGCCAAAGACUACAAACUGUUCGCCCACACUCAACUGACGGGGUGGGAGAGCCCUGGAAAGAAGCUCGUCGAAAUACUGCACGAGUGGCCACAUUUCGUUAAAGACAUGAGCCAAAUAGAGACUCUCUUGCCAAAAUAUUGAAUAGGAUGUGAUUCUUUGUCUGUGCCAGUAUAAGUUUUAUAGAAUUGUAAAAGUGUUUAAGUGAUAAUUAUAAGGGAAAUCUCCGAAGACAAGUGUUUGUUACCUAGUCAUA